AUGGCAUCUGGGCUAUCGGGUAGGGGAAGAGAUUCAGCCUCCAAAUCCUUCGAUUUCGGGUCGGAUGAUAUUCUUUGUUCGUACGAAGAUUUCGGCAAUCGGGAUGGGAAUAACGGGAACCACGCCGAUCCGUCUUUUCUAGCUAAUUCGACUAAGGAAUUUCACAAAAACAGAGUGGCUAGACCAUCUGGUUUUCCUACUACUUACAGUCCACCAGAAGAAUCUUCAUUUAAUCAAGAUGUUAUCUCUACUGUUGACAAGACCAUGAAGAAGUAUUCAGACAAUCUCAUGCGUUUUCUUGAGGGAAUUAGCUCGCGACUUUCACAGUUGGAACUAUAUUGUUACAAUCUUGACAAAUCUAUUGGGGAAAUGCGUUCCGAGUUAGUUCGUGAUCAUGGAGAAGCAGAGACAAAGCUCAAAUUUCUGGAAAAACACGUCCAAGAGGUUCACAGGUCUGUGCAGAUCAUAAGAGAUAAGCAAGAACUGGCUGAAACUCAGAAGGAGCUGGCCAAGCUUCAUCUUGUGCAAAAGGAAUCCUCUGUGACUAGCAAUUCACCACAGAACGAGGAUAGACCAUCACAGACUGCUAUUGAUGCCAAAAAGAGUGAUAACUCAUCAGAUGCACAUGGUCAGCAAUUGGCACUUGCUCUACCACAUCAAGUAGCUCCUCAACCUCUCCCCCCUACACAACCCGUUGAGCUGGCUGAAUCUCAGAAGGAGCUGGCCAAGCUUCAUCUUGUGCAAAAGGAAUCCUCUGUGACUAGCAAUUCACCACAGUAUGAGGAUUGA